CGCCUUCGCUGGUCGCUUGUUUUGUUUUACCAACAAUUGGCAGCAGUCGUUGCUUCUUCGUAACGUGAGAGAGGCGAGCUAGCUAUGCGCCUGUCUCUAUUGAGCUGUUAGCUUACAAUAUAUUUUUAAAGUGGAUUCGAACUGACAACUUAAUAUAAGCAUGGCACAAUGGGACCGACUGAGGCAGCUUCCUCCUGUGUACAUACAGCAGCUACAUGAGCUCUAUGACAGGGAUGGUCUGCCUAUGGAUGUCCGGCACUACCUGUCAGCCUGGAUAGAAAAGCAGGAGUGGCAACGAGCAGCACGGGACUAUGACUUUGCUGUAGUGCUAUUCCAGGUUCUGCUGGAGAAUCUGGAUAUCCAACACAGCCGCUUUGUCCAGGAGGAGUCAUUCUUACUGCAGCACAACAUUCGACGCUACAAACAGAACUUUCAGCGGUAUCUGGAUGAACCAUGUUCUUUGGCAACGACAAUCCUUUGGUUUUUGGAAAAAGAGAAGGAAAUCCUUGGUAGUGCUGACCUGGCUGAACAGGUCAAGCAUUUGCAAGUAGCGCAGGAAGCCAUGGAGACGGACAGUCAGCAGGACCUUGAACGUAAAAUGGCCGGCCUCAGGAAUGAAGUACAGUGUAUGGAACAUUCCAUAGUAUGUCUGGAAGAGCAGCAAGAUGAGUUUGACUUUAAAUUCCAAACCCACAAGAUGGAAGCUGUGGUUGACGAGGCCUUGAAGAAAGAACAAAUUAAAGUUCUUCAGCUCCUUGUCAACAGACUCAAUGAAUGUAGAAAGAGCAUACUGUCAAACCUAAAUAAGAUCCUGGAUUGGACUGAGGAUCUCAUCAACCUGUUGGUGAAGAAGGAGCUGGUUGAGUGGCAGAGGAGGCAGCAGAAAGCCUGCAUUGGGGCGCCAGACAAUGUUUGCCUAGAUCAGCUUGAGAAGUGGUUCACCUCUGUGGCAGAGGGUCUGUUCCAGGUCCGUGAGUUUCUUAGUAAGCUGGAAGAGCUGGUAGGAAAAGUGUCCUAUGCAGAUGAUCCUGUGAAGGCCCAAAGACCUGCACUGCAGAAGAGAACAGAUGCUCUUCUCAAAGAAUUGCUCAAGAGUGCCUUUGUGGUUGAGACUCAGCCAUCCAUGCCGCAGGGCAAAGGACCCUUGGUUCUCCGAACAAACGUUCAAUUCUCUGUCAAAACCAGACUCCUUGUCAAGUUUCCUGAGCUGAACCACUCCAUGAAAGUGGACGUGUCCAUGGACAGGGAGCCUCCACAGAUCAAAGGUUAUCGCCGUUUUAACGUCUUGGGUACCAAAAGCAAGAACCUGAACAUGGCUGAGAGCCAGAGUGGAGGCAUGGUGGCAGACUUCAGACAUCUGACUCUGAAAGAACAAAAGUCUGGAGGUGGCGGCAAAGGAGUCAGUGAUAUUUCCUUGAGUGUUACAGAGGAGCUGCACCUCAUCUACUUCAACACUGUAUUUGACCUGAAAGGAUUGUCAGUUGAGUUGCAGACCUGCUCCCUCCCUGUGGUCAUCAUUUCCAACUCCAGCCAGCAGCAGAGCGCCUGGGCGUCUAUCCUCUGGUUCAACAUGCUCAGUCAGGAUCCCAAGGAUGUCAUAUUUUUUGCCAGCUGUCCUGCAGCCCCUUGGCCACAGUUUGGAGAGAUGUUGAGCUGGCAGUUUCUGUUUGCCACCAAACUCGGUCUGAAUGCUGCUCAGCUGGAAAUGAUUGCACACAGGCUCUUUGGGAGGCAAUCCAACUAUGACACCUGCAAAGUAGCGUGGUCAAAAUUUAGCAAGGAAAAUGCUCCUGAGACUUUCUGGGUGUGGUUUGAUGGCAUUUUGAUGAUGGUGAAAACAUACUUGGCAGACCUGUGGAAGGAAGGCCUCAUCAUGGGCUUUGUGACCAAAGGCAAAGAGAAAUCCCUGCUGAAGAAAAAAAAGAGAGGCACCUUCUUGUUGCGCUUCAGUGAAAGUGUCAUCGGAGGAAUCACCUUCUCCUGGGUGGAGACAAUCCUAACUGGGGUGCCUGAUGUGAAGACAGUCCAGCCCUUCACCAAAGAGGACCUCUCCCAGAUCCCCUUCCAUGAAAUCAUCCGGAACUUUCAGCUCUUAGAAGCUGAUAAUGUCCCUGAAAAUCCUCUGCUCUACCUGUAUCCCGACACCCCGAAAGACCAGGCUUUUGGAAAAUAUUACACUGAUAAGACAGGAGAUGACAGUCCUUACAUAAAGUACAUCAAAACCAAGCUGGUGUUUGUUUCAAAGGAGAACACACUGGAGGCUAUGUCACCCAUGUCCUCUGACAUGGCACAGGGUGAAGGCCUGGAGCCAGUCAAUGGCCUGUGUGGAGAGGCAGCUGAACAAAAUGGAGAUCCUCAUCCUCUGAACUUACCUCUGGAACCUUACCACCCGGAUCCAAUGCUGAAUAGCUGUGUUGGACCCCAAGAGCAGGAUUUACUGAUAGAUCUCAACAACCCCAACCUCUUGCCUGACUUCUUGGAAGAUGAGCCAAUGCUCAAUGAUUUGAAUGUUCAAGGAUUUAAUGGUCUGCCACCAGGGCUGCAUGAAUUCAGUCUUCCAGGAUUCAAUACCCUCUCUCCACAGGCCUGUGGAAGCAUUUUCCAGUAGGCGUCUGUGUUUAUCUAUCCGAACUACUGCGUACUACUCAUUGUCAACUGAACUCAUAUCAGCACAGCAUUCCAUGUCAAAAAGUUAUUGUGUACAUAGCAGAUCCUUCCUUAACACAGUAGUUUGCUUUUAAUUCUGUUUCAUGUGAAAUACUUUACAUCCCAUCUGAUAAUUAUGAUAAAAUUUCAAGAAAAAUGUAUCAAUCAGCACUUUCAGGUUGGCAUGCACCUUUAAAUAAUAUCAUUAAUACAAUCCCUUUUCAUGAUGUGAUUAUUGGUAGUGUUAUUUGAAGGCAUAAAUAUGAGAUAAUUAAAUGAGCUGGACUCAUCUGCUCCACGUUUUGUAAUUUAGGACCCUGUUAUUUUAAGAUCAGGCAUUUAAAGUAAAACUCACUAUGUAAUCUGCCAGGAAAGCUUCAUGUGAGGUGUUAAGUGCAUUGUGUGAACUGUACUUAAUUCAAUGUUUUAUUAUUUGUUGUGAACCCUUCGUUUUUACCACCUUCAACCUGUGAUUAAUUGUACUACAACAUGGCACUUCUUUUGUUUAAGUUAUAUGCUUUUAUAUGAACCUGCUCAUUUAAAUGAAAGUUAAACGCUACCACCAAUAAAAGGGAACUGACCGAUUG